AUGAAAGGUUUUUUUUGUUGUUUUUCAGUCAAAAUUCACAGAUCAACAAGAUAUAAGUAUUUAGAUGCGUGUUAAUCAGAUUCUCGAGAAAUAUACGACGGGUUCUUUCAUUUUGUUUGUCUGAUUGCUUUUUAAGCUCCACGUGGUUGCAUUCGCCGGACCGAGGGGUAUACUCAUCAGCAACCGCUCAACAGCAUGAGAAAGGCCGAGUAUACUUCCAGCUGGUAGAAUCAGCCAGAAGCUCGACGGCGUCACAUUUCGGUUCAGCGUCGGCAUCGGGAUAACCUAUCCACUAUGCGGAUUCAUCAUCGCUCAUUUCGGAUGGAGAGCGGUCUUCUAUACGACCGGGAGUAUCGGUACCAUUUGGUGCCUUUUCUGGUACUUCUUCGCCUUUGAUACGCCUGCCACGCAUCCCAGAAUAUCUCAGCAGGAGUUACGAUAUAUCCAAGGAAGUGUGAGCAAUCAAGUUCACGCGAACGAAAGCAUGCCGGUCCCAUGGGGUUCCAUUCUCAAAUCCUGGCCAGUGUGGUCUAUCGGGAUCACCACAUUCGGAAGGAUAUGGGUUCAUUAUAUCUUCAUCAUCUCUGGACCAAUGUACAUGAAGACAGUUUUAGGAUUCAGCAUUCAGGCGAAUGGAGUGCUGUCGGGUUUACCGUUCAUCUGUAGUUACUUCAGCUCUGUUGCCUUCUGUUAUAUAGCCGAUGUCCUCGUCACGCGACAAAUUUUGUCACUGACGAACGUUAGAAAGGUGUUUACCGCCUUUUCACAAGUAGUUCCUGGAAUAAUGUUAGUGUUAAUCGGCUACUUAGGCUGCGAUAUUAUUCUCGUUUUAGUAGUGUGGUUCAUAGCUGUUACACUGAUUACUGCUGCCUACGCAGGGGCGAUGGCAAGUAUUGUCGAUAUCGCGCCAAAUUUUGCUGCAAACUCUCGACGCAUGGAGACAGGUAUUCUUGGAGAGUGCGUGUGUCGCAUGUGGCACUUACAUCGUCUACCAGAUUUUCGGUACGGGUGAUAUCCAAGCGUGGAACUAUCCCGACCAGAAAUAUCCGCAAUCUGUUCAGGAAGAUUCUCAGCUUUUGAACGAAUUGCCCCAAAAGAACGGGAAAAUUGUCAAAUCUCGAUCAGAUACUUGCGAGGAAGCGUAACGCAGUUGACGUUGAACAAAGAAGAAAAAGAAAGCACACGAGCUGUAUCUCGUAUUUCAACUAUGAAUACUUCUUGAUUCUUGAAACAGAGGCAAUCUAAAAAUUAU